AUGUCUAUCUUGGAAGCAUUUCGACGACAAGCAGAAAAAAAGCAGUGCUCAAUAUGUGGGAAUCUCGUUAGCAGAGGAGUGUACCGCUCACAUUCCACUGUUUGUAAAUUACCCUCAGAUGAUGAUGAUUGUCUGGUUGUCAAAGAAAUACAUUUGGAUGAUGAAAAUGCUGAGGAUGGGACCAGUUUAAAUGAUAGUAGCGAUCUUUUCGAAAAUGUAAAUUCAGAAAACAGGGAGAUGACAAGCGCUGUUGAGAACGCUUCAAUGAAUAUAGAUAAGUGGCAAAAAAGGACUACGAAUGUUCAGAAAAAUGCAAAGUUUCAAAAACUGUUAAACCCAGUAAGAGAUAAAAUUGGAAGUAAAUCAAAAAUAAGUAGAACUUGCAGCAGGAUCCCUAAGAAACGACCUAAAAAGAUUAAUUUGUCUGUAUUAGCCAAAACGGAAGAAGGGACUACAAAAAUAGACGCUCAGUUCUUUACUGAGAAGAAAAACAAAACUGUUCUAGAAAACAAAGCAGUGACAUUGAAACAAAAUUCAGGAAAAGACGAAACUCCCAGUUAUCUGGAUGAAAUAAGUGAAAAUUUUCAUAUAUUUAGAUCAGCAGAUAUGCUUCACUGUGAACCUACCACUAGUCGAAAAGUUAAAGAGGAACCGGAACAGAGUUUGCAUGAUGUUUUACAAAGUAUCCAAACCUAUCUGAAUGCAACUGAUUGUAAUCUUCAAAGUAGUCAACAUUUUUCAAAUCACAAAAGUUCUGGGAGUGAACUGCAUCAGAUAGUGUCACCAUACUAUCUUACAUUGUUUCACAAAAUACUUAAACGAACUUUUUGUGAUGGAGGAAUGUACGGGAAAGUUGAGUUUUGGGAGAAACAUUUAAAUUUGCUACAAAAAUUUGUUAACUUGUCAGAUAAAAGUAAACUGCUUUUAAUUCGACUAUUUCUUCGCAAGUGGAAGUGGCUUACAAUAAAUGAGCUCUCCUAUCCAGAUAUCUCUUCGUCUUUGGAGCCACUGUUCGAGGAACUCACACGCGCUGAACUAGUUGAUUCAAGUGAUUUCUCAUUGAAUGACAUUACGGAAGCUGUUUAUCUUCUACGUGCUCCGUCAUUAAAAGCAGUUGCGAAAGAAUUCAAAUUGGAAUUUAACAAAAGCAAGACGCAAAUUCGCUGUUUAUUACUUCGCUUUGCAGCUCAUAAGAAUGUUUUUGGGAUUUCAAUGGAGAAACGAGUGCUUCAUACUAUAAAAAAGAAACUUGGCGCAUGUUACCGUUUGUGCAAAAGGGUGCUAAAUUUAUUUAUGGCGGUUUUCACACUUUACUCACCGAUCGAUAUGAAUUCUACGUUACUCUUUGACCAGCCUUCUAUUAAUCUUCCUUCAAAUUUAUUAUUCAUUUUGCUUCAAGUUGGCACGGACAAAAUUCGUUAUCCUGCUCCUAAUAAUCCAUCUAUAAUUAAUAUUUAUACAGAUUCGGAAAAACUGUUCAGGUAUGUUGAGGCAAAAGAACUAGAAGCUGAAAUAGCUAAUUUAACGCAACGUGGGUCGUGGAGUGAUGUCAUUCAGUGCGCUGGAAAUGCUCGUGACAAAUAUGAAAGGAGUUAUUUGACACAGAGGGAGUUUUGUGAGUCUUUGGAAGGUCAUCUCCGAAGAUUUACUGAUCUUCACGUGUAUGCCAGAUGUAUAUCACGCGGUGCUGAGGCAUUCGAAAAAAUUAAGGAUUAUCAAAAUGCUGUUGAAUGGUUGAAAUAUUUACUACAUACCAAAAAGUUUAACUUUAUUCUUGGUAAUGCUCGUGGUGGAUGGUGGAAUCGAUUAGCUCUAAAUCUGGAUGUUCAUCUGAAAGACAAAAAUCAAGCAAUGGAAGCUGUUACUGAAGGUUUGCAAGAUCCUGCUUUAGGUGAUAAAGACCGUUUGUUGCUUCAGGAUAGAGGACGUAAACUUUUACCAACUUGGAGGGGACCUUUAAUAGAUGAACUUCCUGAAAGGAUUGAUAUAGAGGGAUCAGUGUUGGCUAAGAGACUUGGAGAAACUCGAAUCAACAGAUUCAUGAUUAAAAAAGCAGGAGUUUUGUACGAGUGCAACGUCGAAGAGGUAGCACUAAAUCAUUAUAUAAGAAAGAAAGGUUUCAAAGAAGAUAUGCUACCAGUAAUCAAAAUGGAACCAGCAGAUUUAAAUACUCGAUCUUUUUAUACUCGUAGAAUGGAUUUAUUCGAGCUACGUUUGAAGGAAAUUGAAGAGUUGAGUUUUGAUGAAUUGUUGCUUGAAAUGGAGGAGACAUAUACUUCCCAUUAUGGAGUAACCAAUUCUGAAAUUUCUUGGGAUUGCUUUGAUAAUUUCGAGCAAAUUAAGGUCAGCUUAAUCUUUGUUUUGUUAUACUUGGCUUCGAUUUUAAUUUUGCUUUCAUAAAA